AUGAGAGGAGGGCAUCAUUCUCAGGAAAACGGUUACUAUCAACAGGGACCUCCCCAACAAGGUCCUUACUACUCCCAACAAGGCCAGCCAGUAUAUUACCAGCAACAGCGACCCCAGAAUCCAGACGGUGACAGCUGUUUGAAGACUUGUUGUAAGUGUCUAUGCUGUCUCUGUCUAUUGGAUCUAUGCUGCAACAUUGCAUUUUAG